AUGCCUAAAGGUGUAAAGAUGCAGACUGAAUACGUCUCUACACAUCAUGACACCGGCAAUGAAGUGCGACAUAGUGGUGCUAAAGGUGAUAAGAAGACUUCCAAAGACUGCUUUACGAUUAUCGCAGAAUCAGACAUGGUCCGCUUGGCUCGUCGGAGUGGCAUCAAGCGCAUUGACGCUGUCACACCCUUAGACGUGAAGCACGCUUUGAAGCAUCGUGGUCGGAUGCUACAAGAGAACACUAUGGCUGCUCAAUACCAGGCGACUCUCGCUGAGGGUGCAUCUACGUGUAACGAAAAACACUCGGUCAAUCAUUUUAAGCUUAAAAUUGAAAAUCCAGUUCGUGCCGUCUCUGAUUCCAUAGUGUUCGUUGUCCGCUACUUCCAAAGGAUUUCAAUAAAUAAGAUGACCCACGGAUCAAGAGGGCUAAACGUCAUCAAAAACACCCUCGGGAUCCAGAGUGGCAAUUCCAUCGCUUCGACAAAUUCGAUCUCGCAAACCACUAAACGCGAGACUAAGUCACCAAAAGCCGAGAGUAAGCAGCUUCUCAGCGACUGUUUAGAGAUGUCCAAGAGUAUCGCCAACCGUUGUCGCAACUCCAUGUCUCUUGUCGUCGAACUCGCGGAUCCGAAGGGAUUGCACUUGGGCAUGUUCGACAUCGGCCGCUCGCUUGGGAAGGGCGCGUUUGGACAUGUGUAUCUUGCUCGAGAACGCACGAACGGCUUUAUCUGUGCUCUCAAGAUCUUAAAUAAGAAAUAUUUGCAAGAGAGCCGCAUGCAAAAGCAGGUUCGCCGCGAGAUUGAUAUUCAGAUCCGUCUCCGCCAUCCCAAUAUCUUACGCCUCUAUGGCCACUUUCACGACUCCCAACAUGUUGUUUUGAUUCUCGAGUUCGCCGGCAAGGGAGAGUUAUACAAGCAGCUGCGGAAGGAAACACGGUUUUCUGAGCGCCAAACGGCGCGUUAUAUCGCGCAGGUGGCAUUCGCGCUUGGAUAUCUCCAUCAAAAGCAUAUCAUCCACAGGGACAUCAAACCCGAAAACAUUCUCAUCGGUAUCCAUGGCGAGAUCAAAAUCUCUGAUUUUGGUUGGAGUGUGCAUGCCUCUACUAACCGCCGCAGGACGUUGUGUGGCACUUUAGACUAUCUGCCCCCUGAAAUGAUGAAGCCCGUUAGUUUAGUAGAAUACGACGAGAAAGUUGAUCUUUGGAGUUUGGGUGUCUUAACGUACGAGCUCCUUGUCGGCAAGCCGCCGUUCGCAGUCACGCUUCAGGAGCCCCGAACGAGAAUUGCCGAGGCACACAUGAAAGUGCCAUCACAUGUCAGUCCCGAGGCCAAGGACUUUAUUCAAAAGAGCAUCUUUGAACCAGGUUCAAACACACCCAUGGAUUAUUAA